AUGAACAUUUUUAGAAGUCCAAAGAAUGUAUUUUUGAAUACGGACAUUACCUUGGAAUGUAAAGUUACUGAUUUUGGAUCGCCUGUUCUUGACCUAUCAAACGUGGGUGUUCAAUGGUUGUAUGGAUCCCAAAGGAAAGAAAUCUACUCCUCUAAAGCAGGUGCAGCUGCCUCUAAACGAUCUGGAGCCAAAAUAUCUACAACUGAAUUACAGAAAGGAGAUGCUUCACUUUAUCUUCCAAAUAUCCAAUUAAGUGAAGCAGGAGAAUACACCUGUGUUGUGCUUGUCACUCCUGACAAAGUGGAAAAGAGCUCACGAGUUGUGAUUUUGGCUAAGCCAAAGGUGCUUCUAUCCACACAACACAUUACCAUUCUGAAUGGUACAGAGAAAUCUGUCUGGUGUGAUGCUACGGAAUUUUAUCCUCAGAAUCAUGAAAUCUUCUGGGAAAAGGUAAUCAGAGGGAAAGCUGAGAGAUUGGAAAGACAUGUCUGCACUGGAGCUGCGGUUUCUAAUAAUGAUGGAACGUUUAAUGUUUCCAGUAAUAUUAGAAUUGUACCAACUCUGAAUGAUGAUGGUAAUAUAUACAAGUGUACAAUGAGACAUCAGUCCCUUCCAGACGAACUUUCACAGGAGGUGAAACUCACAGUUGAAGUUUCAGAGCCUGAAUCAACUUCAACAGCAGCAGUGGUUAUUUCUGCACUUCUAGGAGGAUUUGGGUUACUGUUUGCUGCAGGACUCCCUGCUUAUUUGUGGAUAUUUCUAAAAGUUGCUCCAAAAGUUACUGGAUGCAGUGAACAUCAAGUUUUGAAACAUCUUGAAGAAAAAGUAGUCACUUGGAUGGUUAACUCAUUUCGGCCUCGUGAGGUUACAGUUGUGAUCUACGCAAAGAGGAAGCAGGAGGAUAAACAUCAGCUUCUGAAGUGGAGUGAUAAGGAUUGGAAUGAGAACUGCAGUCAGCAUGUAUCAACAAAUGGACAAGAUUAUAAUGUAAUGGGAAUCCUUAUGCAGCCAGAUGUUGAAGAUGCAUCCUUUAAGCCACAGAUUUCUGAAUUCACAACUAACACACUUAAGAUUUCCAGUGUAGAAGUCAGUGUCAGAAUAUAUCCAGAUAUUUCUCAGGAUGAUGGGGCUGAGUUAAGUAUCGAAGUUCAACAUCGAGCACUUAAAGAACCUAUAACUAGGACACUGACGCUAGAUGUUAUAGGAGUGCCACCUAAGGUUUUAAACAUUUUGAAGCCACGUCUCAUCAAGGACAAGGAACCUGCGGCUUUGUCUUGUUCAAUCAGUGGAUUUAAACCAAGGCCAUUAAAUAUUAUAUGGCAACAAAAGAGAAAGAAUGCAGAUUUGGAAGAACUUGUCCAGAUGCAGCUGGACAACACGACAACCAUGCAUGAUAACAAGAUGAAUUUGAAGGGAAAUCAUUACAUCAGUGAAGUGGAGCAUGAAGACAAAACUUACAGCAUUGCUAGUGUAUUAGUUAUUGUGCCAGAUAUACAGCAAGACCAGAGCUCGCAGUACUUCUGUAGCAUACUGCACCACUCCACUAAUGACAAGCAAGAGAAAGCAAUAACCCUAAGCAUUACAGCUUCUCCAAAACUGGGCACUAUAAAGUGUGAUGUAGCAAAACCAAUUGCAAAAGAGCCCGUGAACUUAAGCUGUCAAAUAAGUUCAUUUUUCCCCAGAGAUAUCACUGUUAAAUGGCUCAAAGAUGGCUCAGAAAUUCAACAAAAUUCUGUAGUUAAUAAAGCAGAAACUGGACAGGAUGAACUCUAUCAGCUGACAGCUAAUGUGAAGAUUGUUCUCACCAUUGCUGACGCUAGGACAAAAUACACAUGCCAAGUCAUACAUGAGAGCUUAUCAAAGCCAAAAGAGACUCAUUGGGUAGCUGGUGAAGUGAUUUCAUUGCCAAAGAUCUUGGAAAUUAAGGCAGAUCCACCUUCCCCUGAAAUAGGAAAGUCUUUAACACUUUCCUGCACGGCUUAUGAAUUUUAUCCAGAAGGAAAUCAGAUAUUCUGGUUCAAAGAUUUCAGUAAAGUUCAAAAUCCAUCAAAAGUAGGAAUAGUCACCGAAGCAAGUAAAGAGGAUUCCAGUGGUUUGUACUCACGAUCAUCCCAGUGGACAUUUACACCAACGACUGCAGAUCAUGGGAAAGAGUUCAAAAUGCAAUUCCUUCACUCUGAAACUUCAAGCAAGCCUGUGACAUCGAGUUACCGUCUGCAGUUAAGAGCUCCUCCAAAACUGGGCACUAUAAAGUGUAACACAGCAAAACCAAUUGCAAAAGAGCCCGUGAACUUAAGCUGUCAAAUAAGUUCAUUUUUCCCCAGAGAUAUCACUGUUAAAUGGCUCAAAGAUGGCUCAGAAAUUCAACAAAAUUCUGUAGUUAAUAAAGCAGAAACUGGACAGGAUGAACUCUAUCAGCUGACAGCUAAUGUGAAGAUUGUUCUCACCAUUGCUGACGCUAGGACAAAAUACACAUGCCAAGUCACACAUGAGAGCUUAUCAAAGCCAAAAGAGACUCAUUGGGUAGCUGGUGAAGUGAUUUCAUUGCCAAAGAUCUUGGAAAUUAAGGCAGAUCCACCUUCCCCUGAAAUAGGAAAGUCUUUAACACUUUCCUGCACGGCUUAUGAAUUUUAUCCAGAAGGAAAUCAGAUAUUCUGGUUCAAAGAUUUCAGUAAAGUUCAAAAUCCAUCAAAAGUAGGAAUAGUCACCGAAGCAAGUAAAGAGGAUUCCAGUGGUUUGUACUCACGAUCAUCCCAGUGGACAUUUACACCAACGACUGCAGAUCAUGGGAAAGAGUUCAAAAUGCAAUUCCUUCACUCUGAAACUUCAAGCAAGCCUGUGACAUCGAGUUACCGUCUGCAGUUAAGAGCUCCUCCAAAACUGGGCACUAUAAAGUGUAACACAGCAAAACCAAUUGCAAAAGAGCCCGUGAACUUAAGCUGUCAAAUAAGUUCAUUUUUCCCCAGAGAUAUCACUGUUAAAUGGCUCAAAGAUGGCUCAGAUAUUCAACAAAAUUCUGUAGUUAAUAAAGCAGAAACUGGACAGGAUGAACUCUAUCAGCUGACAGCUAAUGUGAAGAUUGUUCUCACCAUUGCUGACGCUAGGACAAAAUACACAUGCCAAGUCACACAUGAGAGCUUAUCAAAGCCAAAAGAGACUCAUUGGGUAGCUGGUGAAGUGAUUUCAUUGCCAAAGAUCUUGGAAAUUAAGGCAGAUCCACCUUCCCCUGAAAUAGGAAAGUCUUUAACACUUUCCUGCACGGCUUAUGAAUUUUAUCCAGAAGGAAAUCAGAUAUUCUGGUUCAAAGAUUUCAGUAAAGUUCAAAAUCCAUCAAAAGUAGGAAUAGUCACCGAAGCAAGUAAAGAGGAUUCCAGUGGUUUGUACUCACGAUCAUCCCAGUGGACAUUUACACCAACGACUGCAGAUCAUGGGAAAGAGUUCAAAAUGCAAUUCCUUCACUCUGAAACUUCAAGCAAGCCUGUGACAUCGAGUUACCGUCUGCAGUUAAGAGCUCCUCCAAAACUGGGCACUAUAAAGUGUAACACAGCAAAACCAAUUGCAAAAGAGCCCGUGAACUUAAGCUGUCAAAUAAGUUCAUUUUUCCCCAGAGAUAUCACUGUUAAAUGGCUCAAAGAUGGCUCAGAAAUUCAACAAAAUUCUGUAGUUAAUAAAGCAGAAACUGGACAGGAUGAACUCUAUCAGCUGACAGCUAAUGUGAAGAUUGUUCUCACCAUUGCUGACGCUAGGACAAAAUACACAUGCCAAGUCACACAUGAGAGCUUAUCAAAGCCAAAAGAGACUCAUUGGGUAGCUGGUGAAGUGAUUUCAUUGCCAAAGAUCUUGGAAAUUAAGGCAGAUCCACCUUCCCCUGAAAUAGGAAAGUCUUUAACACUUUCCUGCACGGCUUAUGAAUUUUAUCCAGAAGGAAAUCAGAUAUUCUGGUUCAAAGAUUUCAGUAAAGUUCAAAAUCCAUCAAAAGUAGGAAUAGUCACCGAAGCAAGUAAAGAGGAUUCCAGUGGUUUGUACUCACGAUCAUCCCAGUGGACAUUUACACCAACGACUGCAGAUCAUGGGAAAGAGUUCAAAAUGCAAUUCCUUCACUCUGAAACUUCAAGCAAGCCUGUGACAUCGAGUUACCGUCUGCAGUUAAGAGACAAUGCUGUCAAGAAAGAUGACAACAAUACAGCAACAUGUAAAGACAAUGCUGUCAAGGAAGAUGACAGCUGAAAGCAACAAGUGAAGUGAAUGGAAUGGAAGGAAUGAUUACAGUUCAGAUCAUGAAAUGCUGACAAGAAGUAUCACAGAAGGUUUCAGAAAUAAAGUGCCUCACAAAAAAUCCUAAAAUUGGUCAACCAGUAACUCUUUCUUGCGAUGUUAAAGAAUGUGCCCUCGAAGAGGCUCAUAUCAUCUGGUACAGAGAUGCUUAUCCUUUUGAUGAAAAGGAGUUUGUUACAAACAAGCCAUUUGAAAAUGCUAGCGGUUUCACCACUGAACUAACUUAUACACCGAAACCAAAUGAAAACAUCACAUCCAAGUUCAACUUGAAUUUAAUUUGGAAGAACAUAUGAAACAGUACGACUUGAUGUUAAGUUGAAUUUAUGCAGCAUUUUCUAAAACAGUGAACAUAGAAUCUCUUUUUAAGUUGAAGACAGUGCUUCAAUUAUGACUGAGAAUAAAACAAUUCAUAUUCAACUUCAUUGUUCUUUUGCAGUUUACCAUCCAGUAUCCGUUCACCAUUCUGAUCGGUAAAUUAAUCCAGUUUAGUUAACGUACCAUUUAUUUAAGUCACAAAAGUAGCAUAAUUGUGAGACAGACAGUGAUUUAGUUGUAGGUGUAAGGAGAAAUUAAUUGAGGACGGCAGAUGUGUCCAAAGAUCUCAUGUACAAUAGGAGUUGUCUGAUCCGACACAUUAAGUCACAAUGAUUUAAUUACGUAAUUAUCGUUAAAUCCAGGGAAUCAUUUAUUACAGUUCAGUUGAACUCCUGUGCCAUUUGGACAAAAAUGUACCUACUCUUAGUGCAUUUACGAACAUUGACUCUCUCCUUCCUUUGCCCCCAACUAAUCAGGUGGAUCAGAUGCAUUGAUCAAUUCUGUAAAUUUUCUGGAAACACAACAAAAUGCUGGAGGAACUCAGCAAGUUGGGCAGCAUCUAUUGGGGGGAAUAAAGGGACAAUGCACACAGAGGAACCAGAAACUACAGAGCACAGGUUUAAGGUGAGAGGGGAAGAAUAUGAGAGUGACCUGAGCGACAGCUUCAUACUGGUACAGUAAAAACAUUUAAGUGUUUGGAUGAGUACCUGGAUUGAAAGGUUUUAAAGGAAUAUUAUGGGCAAAUCGAUUUUGAAAGAAUUAUUUUCAAACUACUGGUAAUUGCCCCCACUUUGUUGUUUCCUGCCGCCCCCCACCUUUAGAAAAUCUCUCUGUUUUCCCCUUCCCUAGUCCUUUUAACUCUUUCACCAUCCAACUCCUCAGCUCUUUACUUCACUCCACCCUCACUCCCUGUUUCACCCGUCACCUAUCACUUUGUACUUUUUCCUCCCACCCCCCCAGCUGCCUUACUCUGAUCUCCUCGUUUUUCCCCUACUCUUGAUGAAAUGUCUCAGCUAUAAACGUCGACUGUUUACUCUUUUCCAUAGUUGCUGCCUGCCCUGCUUGCAGCUCUAGCCCUUCAUUAUUGCAAGGUUCUAACAUUUUAGAACUAAUGUUAAGGUUGUUGGAAUUCAGUAAAAUGGACUAGAAUUGCAGUCACAGACCAAUUAGAACCAAGGAUAUAACAAUCCCUGUUGUGUGCAGAACCCCUUUUCUGACUUUAAAUAUUAGUAUCUAUUGUAAACCAGAAAGGGGAUUUCUGCAAUCCAGCAUUGACACCAGAAAGCUUGAUUGCAUCAAAGGAUUAUGUGUACUGUUUACUGAGAGGUGUUUUAAUUUUUAAAGCAUUUUAGACAUCAGUCAUUAAAUAUUAGACCAUCCACAUGUGAACACAUUUGAAGAUGAUAUAUAAAUUUUGUAUAUUAACCUAAGUUUUAAGAUUUACAUGUAUAUGUUAUGUCAGUUUGGGCAGCAAAGUUAUUGAGCCUUUUUGUACAAGUAUGUAUGUGAAAUGUCUAAACUUUCAUGUGUUAACCUAAGCUUAGAAUUGUAACAACUAAAGCGGUGUCCCCAAUAUAAAUGAAUAAUCUAUGCUUGUAUGCAAGUCCUGAAGUUCUCUAACUUUUACAGAGAGAUGAAGGAAACUGCUGAUAAAUAUGAUGUACUGGGAUUUAUUUGGUAGGCCAUCUGGUAAUUGGAAAUUGCGGUGAGAAAAGGAACAAAUACACCAUUCACUGAAAAUUGUAUGCUAGUUAACAACUGGUUGUAAAAUUGGAUUCGGAUAUGGGGGCUGCACCAGGAAAAUUGGAAGAGAAAAUCUUUGGGGGGCAAAAACAGCAUGAAUAUACAUAGUAUGUCUUGUUUUUUAUUGUCUCUUAAAAUAUACUUUCAUUAAAUGUAUUUGAAUUCUAGAAAAACAAGUAAAUGAUAGUUAUAAUUUCUGUAUAUGAAUAUAACUGCCUCCUAACAAUUACAUCUGGCAUUUGUGAACAAAUUGGUGUUUGAUAUUAGCAGGCGUUGCCUGUUGCAGCCACUGAUAGUGUGCUGCCUCCAGUGCUGUAUAUGACUGUUGCUACUGUGUUCUGCACCUUGACCCUGGAGGAACGUUGUUUCCUUUGGUUGUAUUCAUAGGUAUCCAUGUAUGGUAGAAUGACAAUUAAAUUUGAACUUGAGAUUGAGCUUCAUAUUUUCGUGCACUUGAGAAAUAUUUGCUGUUAUUGAACGUGUGAAUUGUUGACUGGCAUAAGCAGCCACUUGCCUGUGUUACUUCCGCUGUUGGUGAUAUCCUGCACCAGGUCUGAGCUGGGCACAGGAUCUGGGUGAUAUCCCUGUGAGGUUUUGUUACACCCAGGGCAACCUUCAGUAAUGAGAAUCAGUCUUCAAAAAACACUUUUUGAGAUGUAAAUUGCGAGCAGUAAUCUUUUUGGAAUUCAAAGGACAGCUUUGUGAAUAAACAGCACUGUACAGAACACAGGGUACUGGACCCAGCAAGGAGGGUGCUCAAGCAAUAGGCUUGCAAAUUUGCAUGACCAUGUGUUGUUUUCAUUUGCAUCAGCUAAACAUAAUGAGUUUGGGGGUAUUAAUUGAUUGGCAUCAGAUAAAUUUUAUUGUUACAUUGCACCAUUGUGAUAGAGAUCAAGAAGUUUCUAAACCAGACUUAUUUUGUCACUUAGCAGGUCAAAGGUGUAUUUGUUCUUUCAUUUGAAAUAUAUGUGUCCCAAAUAUUCAGUCCCCACAACAUUAAUGUUGGUCAUGUGUAUUCAUAAACUUUCAGAUUAUCCAUGUAUAUAUAUCCUGAGCCAGAAGAAGUGUUUGAAAGUUCAGAGAUGACAGUCACAGUACUGUAAAUACCUAUGUAAAUCAAUAGAACAAUAUA